AUGAUGUAUCGAUAUAUUAUUAUCCUUAAAUACAAGAAAUGCCGGGUGAAGUAAAGCAGCUUAACCUAUGUUCUAAAAUGAUGUAAAUUUUAUACAGCGAAAGUGUGGGGAAAUUGGCCCUAAGUUGUGUAUUUUUUUCAAUCGCGAUAUGACCUGAACAGGCGUGGUUAUUUGUUGUUACGGCGUAGAAAAGUCGCAGAAACAUGAGUGGCACAGUGCUGAAGUUAUGUAGGCCGUCGAAAUGUAUUUUCAACUGUACAAUAAUUAGGAGUUUAUCAGAUUCCAAAAAUUACACGCCUCCACCGCCAGAGCAUCCUGUGAAAAGGACGUUGCGAAUUUUGGGAAAUGAUGUUAAGACUUCGCUUGGAUUUAAGAAGGAAACACCUCUGUUCCCACAUCACUGUGAUGUAGUUAUUAUAGGUGGGGGUGUAAUCGGGUCGUCCAUAGCGUACUGGCUGAAGCAGAGAACUCGCGAUGGCCUGGAAGUAGUCGUGGUGGAGAGGGAUCCAUCGUACGCGCAGGCGUCGACCGUGCUGUCCUGCGGUGGGCUGUGCCAGCAGUUCACGGUCCCGGAGAACGUGCAGAUGUCGCUGUACGGCGCGGAGUUUCUGCGCAAUAUCAAGACCCACCUUUCCGUGCCCAACCACGAGGCCCCAGACGUGCGGUUCACGCCGUGUGGCUACAUGUUCCUGGCCUCAGAGAGCAGCGCGGAGCAUCUGCAAGAGGCCUACAAGCUGCAGAAACAGCUGGGAGUGAAGACUGAGCUGCUGUCGCCCCAGCAGCUGAAGGAGAGGUGCCCGUGGAUGAACGUGGACGACGUUGCGCUGGCCAGCCACGGCCUUGAGAACGAAGGCUGGAUCGACCCGUGGUCUCUGCUGGGUGCGUUCAAGAGGAAGGCCAGGUCUCUGGGCACGACCUACGUGAAGGCAGAGGCAGUUGCAUUCGAGUUCAGGAACAUGCAAGAUGCCCUGGUCGAGGGCAUGCCCACAGGGAGCUACGAGAGCUUGGACAGGCUCCUGGUGAAGACUGACGAAGGGGACAUACAGCCCAUCAAGUUCGGCAUCGCAAUCAUAGCUGCUGGCGCGUCCUCUGGAAGUGUGGCGAGACUGGCGCGGAUUGGCACUGGAAGGGGAGCCUUGAGCGUGCCUCUGCCGGUGGUUCUUAAGAAGAGGUACGUGUACUGCUUCCAUUGUCCAGAAGGCCCUGGUUUGAGGGCUCCUUGUCUGAUGGACUCUUCUGGAAUUUAUUUAAGGCGGGAAGGGCUCGCGGGCAACUACAUCGCGGGCAUCUCUCCGCUGCCGGAGGAAGAGCCGAGUGUGGACAACCUGGAGGUGGACUACAGCUUCUUCGACAACACGGUGUGGCCGCUCCUGUGCCACAGAGUGUCGCAGUUCGAGCAUCUCAUGGUGAAGAGUGCGUGGGCAGGCUAUUGUGACUUCAACGAGUUUGACGAGAAUGCCAUCAUAGGCCCUCAUCCCGCCUACCACAACCUCUAUUUAGCCACUGGGUUCGGUGGUCACAGUGUGCAGCAGUCUGCCGCUGCUGGUCGCGCCAUCAUGGAAAUGAUCAUCGAUGGAGGCUUCCAGACAAUCGACCUCACACGCUUCGGAUUUGAGAGACUCAUCAAACAAGAACCACUUCUAGAGAAGAAUAUAAUCUAGCGUCACUUUUGCUACUAGAAACUGUUGCGCACUUGUAAAUAAGAGCCUUAUUUAUGUAACAGAAAUAACUGUACAUAUAUUUAAGUUUUUAAAAAUAUAGUUAGCUUUACCAUAA